AUGCCUCUGCCGAGGACGGCUAUUGUGACGGGGAGUGCCCGCGGCAUUGGGAAGGCGAUCGCCCAUAGACUCGCCUCAGAUGGCUUCAAGGUCACCAUCUCCGACCUCCCCUCGAUGAAGGCCGAGGCCGAAGCAACGGCAUCGCAGAUCGCCGAGGCCACCGGCUCAGAGACCCAUGUCGCCCUGGGCGACGUCUCCAGGCGCAGCGACGUCCAGGACGUUGUCGACUCGCACGUCAGCAGCCUGGGUCCGCUGUACGCCAUGGUGGCGAACGCCGGCAUAUGCCAGGUCAAUCCGGCCGUGGAGGUGGGGGAGGAAGAGUUCCGCAGGACGUUUGACGUCAAUGUCGGCGGCGUCUUCAACUCGUACCAGGUUGCCGGGAAGCAGAUGAUACAGCAGGGUACGGAGGGGAGGCUAAUCGGGUGUGCGAGCAUUGUGGGGUUCAAGCCCUUCCCCCUGCUCACCCCCUACAGCGCCAGCAAGUUUGCCGUCCGCGGCCUGACGCAGGGCAUGGCCAUGGAGAUGGCGCCGCAUGGCAUCCGCGUCAAUUGCUUCUGUCCGGGCAUCCAUGCAACGGCCAUGUGGGACUAUAUUGACCAUCAUCUCGGCCGCCUCAAUUCACUGCCCAAGGGCGGCACCAUCCAGAAAUUUACUGAUGAAUAUAUUGCCCUCAAGAGGACGGGCCAGCCCGAGGAUGUGGCUAAGCUGAUUGCCAUUAUCGAUACACUUAUCGCCACUCUCCACUCUCUGAUUCUCCCGCUUCAGCCUCGAGCUCGAAUUCUUUCAUGCAAAACGUCACCUUGGAUGGCUCAGGCGACGGCUGCAAAUCCGCGGGUAGUCGACCGUAUAUCAUUACUAUGCACUGACGUUGAGCUGCGAUUCUACUCCGUCAUAGGUGUGUCACCAAAUACAUAUACAAUGGCAAAAUCAAAGGCCUCCAAGCGCAAGAGGGUCGCCCAGACCGAACAACCCCGCAAAAUACCAAAGAACGCCCUCUCCAGCCCGCCUCCCGAUGGCAGCGCCUCCGACACGCCCGUCGAGCCCAAGAACCUGGGGACCGUCGUACCGGACGAGGAGCUGGAGAUAACCAUCGACACCCUCAAGACGCUGUCUCAGUACCCGAGCCUGAUCAAGACGAGGCAGUGCAGGGAUGUACGGGCAGCCGUGUACGACUUCCGCCAGUCGUGCACGACGGGCACCAACUCCGUCGACGGCGGCGCGGGGACGAACCUGACGGGCCGGAUAACGGGGGCCCUGGCCGACGGCAAGUUCACGGACGCGCGCAUCCUCCUGUCCGAGAUGAGGAUACGCGGCGAGGAGCCGAAGCUGGGCGCGCUGUGCAGGUGGGUGCGCGAUCUCGACUUCAUCAGCGGGCUGUCGACGCAGCACCGGGUCACGCAGGACGGGGAGCUCAUCUCCGUGCUAGACUCGGUGCUGCGUGUCAGCUGCCCGAUCGACGCCAACCCGACCGCAGUCGUCAACCCGUCGUCGCCCAUCGCGCCCCAGCCCAUCUGGGACCUGGGACCCGGGCCCGGCGUGGCGCGCGAGCAGGUCUACGCUUCCGUCCUGGACAAGACCAUCUUGGACGCCGCGCCUGCCUCUCUCCGCGACUCUCUGCGCGUCGUCGAGAGGACAGAAGGAGGCGACCGCAGGCCCCCCAACCAGUACCCCGCCAUCGUCUACACGACGACGCCCGACGCUGUCACGCUCGCUGCCGAACCCCCCUCCUCUACGUUCCACGAGCAUCCGCACGUGCCAGGUCUCGGCCUGGCCAAGAACGUCCUCACCCACGACGAGUGCAGGGCCAUCAUCGCCGCCGGCGAGUCGGUCGAGUUCAUCCCGGACUCGCCCCUACGCCAGGACGGGGAGACGUCCAUCCUCGCCCACAACUUCUACUGGGUAGUCGACACGGCCUUCCACGACAAGCUCUGGUCGCGCGUGUCGUCGCUGGUCCCCGGCGAGGUCGGUGGCCGUCUCGCACGCGGGCUGAACCGCCGCUUCCGCGUCUACCGCUACGUCCCCGGCGCCGAGUACAGGUGCCACAUUGACGGUGCCUGGCCGCCGUCGGGUAUCCGUCCGGAUGGCGCGUACGUGUACGACGACUCCCCCGCCGACAGGAAGCAGAGCUCUCUCUUCACCUUCCUCAUCUACCUCAACGACGAGUUUGAAGGUGGUGAGACGACCUUCUUCCUCCCCGGUGUGAGAGAGGGUUCCUUGAACGCCUACCCUGUGAGGCCUGUCAUGGGGAGCGUCGCCGUCUUCCCUCACGGCGACUCGAAGGGUGCGCUUCUACACGAGGGGACGGGAGUGCGCAAGGGGGCAAAGUACGUUAUCAGGACCGAUGUCGAGUAUGAUGUCGAGCCUUCUAUUCGAGAGUCUUGA